AUGAACAUUGUUAUUUUACUGAUAGCAUUGAGCUCUGCUUACGACGCCAACUUAUACUACAAGAUUGAAAAGAAAGAUGCUGAUGGUAUCUUCGUCUUGUACCGUCCUUAUGUUUUAGGCCAAUGUGUGAAAGAAGUUCAAGGCUCUAAAAUGUUGAACUUAGUUCAAGGGGAUAAUGUGUUUACUGUAUACACUGAUUCAUCUUGUACUACAAAGAAAGAAGACAUUGUUGACAACACAAAUUGGCAAAAUGGGAACGAUUUCAAGAGAGUAGCAUACCGAACAGAUGCUAUCACAAGUUGCCCAAAUGGAGCAGAUAUGGACGGACUUUAUGAUACUGGAAACUGUUAUAAAGAAGCUGUUGGUGAUUAUAGAAGAGGAGUUGUUAUUGAAGAGAGUGGAAAAGGAUAUUAUGUAAUAAGAAAGUUUAAAGAGGCGUCAUGUACAAGCACCGAUUUUAGUAACGUCGAUGGCACAAAAUUUGAAUGUGACAAAUGCAAAGACGGACAAUAUACAAAAUGUUUAGACCAACUUAGACCUUCUGAAGGUGCCACAUGUUUUGCUAUUUUGAUGGUUUUUGCAUUAACUCUUUUCUUUUAA